AUGUCAGCAGGACCUAUUUUGGAGAGGAAUCAAGAUGCCACAAUUUACGUUGGUGGUUUGGAUGAAAAAGUGACUGACGCAAUUUUAUGGGAGUUGUUUGUUCAAGCAGGGCCGGUUGUAUCAGUGAAUAUGCCGAAAGACCGAGUGACAAGCUCACAUCAAGGUUUCGGUUUUAUUGAAUUCAUGGGUGAAGAAGAUGCUGAUUAUGCAAUUAAGAUCAUGAACAUGAUAAAAUUGUAUGGGAAGCCUAUAAAGGUAAAUAAGGCGUCCGCUCAUGAAAAAAAUAUGGAUGUUGGCGCAAACGUAUUCGUUGGUAAUCUGGACCCUGAAGUGGAUGAGAAAUUACUUUUUGAUACAUUUAGUGCAUUUGGAGUUAUUUUACAGGUUCCGAAAAUAAUGCGUGAUGCUGAAACGGGUAACAGUAAAGGUUUUGCAUUUGUGAAUUUUGCAUCUUUUGAAGCAUCAGAUUCAGCUAUUGAAGCAAUGAAUGGACAAUUUCUUUGCAAUCGAGCUAUCACUGUGAGUUAUGCAUUCAAAAAAGAUACAAAGGGUGAACGACACGGUACUGCUGCUGAACGAAUGCUAGCUGCACAGAAUCCUUUGUUUCCUUCAGACAAACCAAAUCAGAUAUUCUCUGAUGGAAAAUUGCCUCUUGCACCUGUACUUCAUCCACCACCACCAGGUCCUCCAAUACCUCCACCGAUGAUCCAGCCAAUGGCCGGACCACCGCCUGCAAUCUUUCCACCACCUCCACCACCUAUGCCUACACCUGGUGCAACACCGAUUCCACCACCACCUCCACCACCUGCUCCACCAACACCGCUUGGUACCCCUAGACCACCGCCGCCAAUGAGUGCGCCGUUACCAAUGUGGGGAAUGCCACCACCACCACCGAUAACACCAGGAAUGCGACCGCCAGCAACACCGACACCGACGCCACCUCCACCACCUCCUCCGAGGGGUUUCCCUCGAAUGCCUCCACCGUUUCCUCCUAUGCAAGGUCGCGCAUCAUUCCCUCCGCCACCGCCUCCUUCAGUACGAAUGAUGCGUCCUCCUCCGCCUCCCAUCAUGCGCCCUUCUAGACCACCACCUCCUCCAACAUCUGCUCCCGUCUCCACAUCGUCAUAA